AUGAAGCUGAUCCCCCUGCUGGGCACCUUGCUGCUGGCCCUCGAGCUGGCCGCAGGCACCACCCGGCCGGACGUGGGGAUCCCCCCCGUGAACCUGAGCUGCUACAAGUGCUUCAAGAUGCUCUCACCUGACCAGUGUGCGCCAGUCCGCUGCCAGCCCCAGGACUCCGUGUGCAUCUCCCUCAUUGUCCUAAUCUAUUCCAAAAAGAAGAAGGAAACCUUGAUCAGCAAGGACUGUGCACGCAAGUGUGCCAAUACCAACUCCAAGAACCAGUGGGACAUGAAGCACUUCACCAGGGCCACCAUCUACCGCCAGUGCUGCCUGCAGAGCCUGUGCAAUCGGGCCUGGGCGCCACACUCGAUCCUGCUGCCCCUGGGCCUCCGCCUCCUCUGGGCCCUGCUGUGAGCACCACCACCCCUAGGUUUGCCCACACUACUCUGCCUCCUUCCUGGUUCCUCCA